AUGGUUCUCGGUCCGACUGCCCGUCUGUGGCUUCCUUAUCUCAACUUCACUGUCGCCAUCUCAGCUUUGGGUUUUCAGACUGGUGUCUUGUACCCCUGGCACGAAGAGCUUGAUAAGGAAUUCAAGAUUCUCAAGCAAGAACACAAGGAGCAACUACACCUACACCAACAAGUCACUCUCAAGAAGCUCGAAGACCUCGAGAGGAGGAUGUCAGUGACUGAGAAAGCCAUGCCCGAUGCUACCCGAUGA